AAAAAUGAAAUAUAAAUAUAACCUAUAAAUCGGUUAUUAGUAGAAUGAUAAAUACUAAUUAAAUUACGUUAGAUAAAUAUUUUAACUCAAAAUGUCCAACGAGGAAAAUAAAAAAGAUUUACCAAAGAAGAACGAGACCAAAAAACCUGAAAACGAUGAUCCAGAGUCGAUUUUUCGGAUAUACAGCGUUUUAUCUUAUUUUAUAAUAUUAGUAGUCCUAGGAUUACCCAUAUGGUGGUAUACCACAAGGGUGUACAGAGCUGAGUUACCUUUAGAAGACAUGUACAAGGCCCAGUACAGAAACAAAAUCAGCAAAGAAUAUAAUAUACCCCUGAGUCUUGAAUAUGAUGUAUUAAUUACCAUAGUGAACCCAGAACCAUCAUCACUAAAAAUAGAUUUGAAGGGACAGGACAUAGAACAUCAUUUAACACCAUUUUUGAGUAAAUUGUCUUCUAUUGCCGACUUUACAGUGAAAUCACAAUGGCUUUACAUGGUGGAAUUGGGAGCAAUUCCAAGGAAAAUGUAUGAUCACUUUGCUAUUCAAGAAAAUCAAUUGCCGCACAUUAUAAGCCCACUAGAGAAGAAAUUAUGGUCACAUCUUUCACCAAGACCUUGCCUGAAUUUAGUUUUAUACUUCCCACAGUGCCGCAGACCACUGUAUAUCUACAAUGAAAACAAUGAAAAACUGGAGACUAAUGCAAUGCUGAGCCCAAGAUGGGGAGGACUUUACAUAAUUAAUAGUGACAAGCAAUCUUGUGAGAAGCAUGUUUUCAAGCCAGAUCUGGAGAAAAUUACAGCCACUUUUGCUACCCAGCUUCAGAUGCUGUUCCACAUUAAUGGCACCUCUAGACAAAACAUACUGGCUUUGAAACAGACUAAGGCUGAGGACCUGCUGGAUUCUACAAGACGCACAUUAAGAUCCCUUGCACAACUUUUGUCAGAAAUCAGCAGUAUAGUAAUCAGUGAUGAUGUGGCACAGAAAAUAAACGUUGCUGUGGAAAAAGCUGAUAUAGCAGAGCAGCAUUUGAAAGAAAACGAGAUUGAUGAGGCUUUGAAAUAUGCCAAGAUUGCUUUUGAGAAGUCUGAGCAGGCAUUUAGUGACCCAUCAUUGUUGGCUUUGCUAUAUUUCCCUGAUGACCAAAAGUAUGCAGUUUACAUUCCAUUAUUUUUGCCAGUGAUGAUACCAGUUUUGAUGUCUUUGAUUGCUGUCAGGAAAUAUAUGAAAAAUUCAAAGACAAAAAUCAAGACUGAUUAAUAUUAUAAGUCAAUUCCUAUAUUUAAUGUAUUGUGUAUUAAAACAUUAAAAAAUCAGUGAAUAAAAAAUUAUAAUGCUCUA